AUGCCGGCACCAAAGAACAGGAAGGUGGCCAUUGUUGGCAGUCGGUCUGUCGGCAAGUCGUCGCUUGCAGUCCAGUUUGUAGAUGGCCACUUUGUCGACAGCUACUACCCGACCAUCGAGAAUACCUUUAGCAAGACCAUCCGGUAUAAGGGCCAGGAAUUUGCGACUGAGAUUGUCGAUACGGCUGGCCAAGAUGAAUACAGCAUUCUGAACUCGAAGCACUUCAUCGGCAUCCAUGGCUACAUGCUGGUCUACUCGGUGUCGUCUUUGCCAUCCUUUGAGAUGGUGCAAGUAAUUCGAGAGAAGAUUCUGAACCACCUAGGUACCGAGUCGGUCCCUAUCGUCAUCGUCGGAAACAAGAGCGACCUCCGUCCCGAACAGCGACAGGUCACCGCCGAGGAGGGCAAGAGAGUAGCAGAGAAGAUUCAGUGCGGCUGGACGGAGGCAAGCGCGCGGUACAACGAGAACGUAGGAAAGGCCUUUGAGCUGUUGAUCGCCGAGAUCGAGAAGGCCCAAAACCCGGGCGAGGCGGUCGAGGGCGGCAAGUGCAUUCUCAUGUAG